GACCCUCCUCAAGUAAUGGCCCACAGAGCCAUCAGAUGCUUUGUUGUGCUUACAAUGCCAAUAGAACUGUUUUUGUUACUGUUAGCUCUGACACUUUUGCAAGGGUUUGGAGUGAUUUUAAAUGUACCCAAGAGGACCUGGAUCAACCAGUACCUGAGUUGGAUCUGUUGUCUGGCCAUGAGAAUGAUGUCAAUUAUGUGCAAUUCAGUGGUUGCGCUAGGGGCAAUAUCAGGUUGCUUAAAUUUUGAAAGGAAAAAAGAACCAAGGGGCAAUAUCGGGCUACUCAAUUUUGAAAGGAAAAUAAGAUUAAAAAAUGAAGGUAUAUUCACAGAACAGGAAUUUUUGAACUUUGGAAUAUUCUCCUUCAAAGAGUCGGCCAUCGAAGAUUUUGAGGCAAUGGGGAGAGCUGCAACAUCUCUUUCAAAGCUAGCAGAUACAGCUCGUGAGGAGCUCCCUAGUACUAUGGCUACCAUUAGGCUAUCUGGCAUGGAAAUCAGCGACCUUACACUGGAACUAAGUGAUUUAAGCCAAGAGAUAGCUGAUGGGGUCAGCAAAUCUACUCAAGCUGUGCAAGCGGCAGAAGCUGGAAUUCGACAAAUUGGUGCAGUUGCUUGCCAGCAAACUAUCUCAAUGAUUCAAGAGAGAGCGAGCCUGCCCAUCAUCUCUUUGCAACCUGUUGUUGCUGGAGCUGCAAAGAAGACUUCUCAUGCUGUUGGCCAAGCGACAAAGGCCUUCAUGAAUAUGAUCUCUUGGGGGGAGUUCAGCGCAGAGAAUGAAGAUGACAGUGGAAUUGAUAGAGUGGAGAUUUAAAGGUUUGCUGCUUCCCAAUUAAGUGUCGCCUUGUGUACAUAUUGCAGUGAACAUAGACAUUAGCUUCAAAUGAGUGUGAUAAUGCAGAUGCCCAAAAAAAAAUUUUGGGCUAAUUUUGGUCA